AUGUACCCAAACUUGAGUCUGUCAGUCACUCUUAAGACCACCACACCACAAUUUCAGUCACUGGACACGCUCACCAGUGGACCUUUGCCAAACACUGCUACAGAUUUCAGCACUACAUAUGGCUUCUCGGGAGCUCACCCAGUACUUGGACAAGAAUCUCAAGUGGUAGACCACACCUCAUCCAAUGCUCCUGUGGGGACACCUUUGUCAUCGGUUCCUGUGACCACGUCUGAUCCUACAAAGGCUAAUACAUUGACACCUACAAUAGAUGGCAAAGUUUCCAACUUAGUAGUGAUUGCCAAAGAUUUAGGUCCCGCUGGUGAUGUUGAGGCUGUGAGAGGAAAAUCAGAUCCAGAUGCAAUUUCUCUCAAUAGCGAAGAUUAUGCACCUUUUACAGCGACUGUUCAUUUCAAAGGAAAGCAAAAGGUGUAG